GAUGAGAGGAGGACGUUAGACCGUACUGGUGCAGGUUCAUCAGAGGUGGGCAUGGCGAGUAGGUGGGGUCGCUGCUCUUCUCCUGUCGGGACCAGAAGGCUCCAGACCAGUGCGGAAACGAAGAGGUGAGGAGAGCCGGUUAUAGGACUGUAGCCUGGAACUAAGGAUUGUGAACCCUGAACAGCGCAUGAUCUCUCGACAUGCACCCUGAGAUCCAUCUCUCCCUCCUCUUAACGCUGCUGCUUCUUCAAGUCCAGCAGGGCACCUCAGUGCAGGAGAUCCAAACCAGCCAUGAAAAUAUUGUAAAGAUCAACUCAGCAGGAGAAAUGAUGCAGUGCUCAGCAGCCAUGGAUAUCCUCUUCCUCAUGGAUGGCUCCUACAGCGUGGGGAAGGGCAGCUUUGAGAGGGGCAAACACUACGCAAUCAAGCUCUGUCAAGCACUUGACAUCGGACCAGACAAGGUGCGAGUCGGCUUGAUUCAGUUCGGUUCCACUCCUCGGCUGGAGUUCGCCCUGGACACAUACAGCACCAAACAAGAGCUCAAGAAGCACAUGAAGAAGAUUUCUCACAGGGGAGGCAGCACCCAGACAGGCCUGGCUCUAAAGUAUGUGCUGAGGAAAGGUUUCCUAGGUGGCCGUAACUCCUCCACUGCGGCCCAGAUCGCCAUCCUCUUAACAGAUGGGAAGUCUCAGGGCAACGCAGUUCAGGCAGCUGCGCAGCUCAAAGAGAUGGGUGUGGUCUUGUUUGCCGUGGGCAUUCGCUACCCCAGGUGGGAAGAGCUACAUGCUCUGGCCAGUGAGCCGAUGGAGAGCCACGUUUUCUUUGCCGAGCAUUUCGACGAUGCCGUCAACGGCCUGUACACCACACUGAGCACCUUCUCUGUUUGCAAUGCCACACCUGCAGGCUGUCAGGUGGAGUUGUUUCCCUGUGAGAGGAAAACGCUGGAGACAGUGAAAGAGCUGCAGGGGAAUUACAUGUGCUGGAAAGGCUCCAAGGGGUAUUCCCCAUACACGUCUCUCUGUCCUUACUACAGGUACAACAAGGUGUACACGAGAUACCAGACAGUCUGCCAUCGGACUAUUUGUCCAGAUCCCUGCGACUCUCAGCCCUGUCUGAAUGGUGGCACAUGUGUAUCAGAAGGUCCAGAGGGUUACCACUGCGGAUGCCCACCUGGCUAUGGAGGAGACCCACACUGUGCUCCUGCAUUAUCACUGGACUGCGCCGUAGACCUGCUGUUCCUGGUGGAGGGCUCGGCCACACUCUCCUUGGAAGGCUUCCUCCGCCUUAAGUCCUUCUUAAAGCGUUUCCUACACACUGUGAUCGGGUCUGACAGCCCCAGUAAAGUCGGCCUGGCAGUGUUUGGUGGAGAGACCAGAGUCGAGGCCUCGGUGGAUAAGUUCAAAGGCAACCUGAGUGGUCUGGUCAAGACUGUGGAGGCACUCCAACCAAUCGGCGGAGAGACCAGGACAGGCCAGGCACUUCGCUACGUCACACGUCACGGCUUCGUGAGCGCGCCAGUCUUUGCGGACGUUACGGACGACCUGCCCCGCGUGGUGGUGCUCCUCACUGCCACUCCUUCUGUGGACGAUGUGGUAGAGCCCUCUAAAUAUGCACGAGACAGAGAGAUCUUCCUGAUAGGGGUGGGACCAGACUUCUUAAGGGGACAACUGAAUAAUAUCACAGGAAAUCCCCAGAGGACUAUCACCUACACACCACCUGAGUUCAGUGGCAAGAUUCCUGAGCUCAGGGCUAAGGUCUGCAGUGUGGAUACACAAGGUUGUCUUGGCCAAGCAGUAGACCUGGUGUUUGCCCUGGAUGCCUCAGGUGCUGUCAGCCCUAGUAACUUUGCCACCAUGCGCAACUUUGUGCGUGGUCUCACCGUCCAGUUUGACAUCAACCGUGACGUAGCUCAAGUGGCACUUGUGGCCUACAGUCGGAGGGCCACCACCGUCUUUAACCUGGACACCCAUGAGAGCGGUUCUGCCAUUCUCAAGGCUGUUGAUGACGCCAACUACUUGGGUGGAGUGGCGUCGGCGGGCGCGGCUUUACUUCACAUCCACUCCAACGUCCUGACGGUGGCCAAAGGUGCACGGCCCGGAGUCAACAAGGCUGUGGUGAUGGUGACAGACGGUUCAGGUGGGGAUGACGCUGUUGUCCCAGCUCAAAAGAUCCGAGAUAAUGGAGUGACAGUGUUUGUGAUCGGUAUCGGAGACAUACAGAGAGAGAGGCUGCUGCAGAUUGCUGGUUCAGAGGAGCACGUGAUCACCGUGUCGUCUUAUGAAGAUCUCAAGUACUUUGAGGAUGUGCUGGUGCAGAUGCUGUGUUCAGAGGUUAAAAAGCCAGUUAACCUGUGCAAGCCCAACCCAUGUAUGAAUGAUGGGACCUGCAUCCUGUCCGGAGGGAGCUUCCGCUGUCAGUGCCAAGGCUAUGAAGGACCACACUGUGAAACAAGAAGCAGCAAGGAUCCAUCCAGAGGAGAUCUCCCGCGGCCUGCUGGUCUCAGGAAGAAGAGCAGACGGAAGAAGAGUCACCAGGAGCUCCUGCAUCACUACAAACUGCACCGUAGGACACAGGCGGCCUGAUACACACACAGCAAUGAAUCACCUAUGGACACCUAAGAACCAAGGAUGUUUGCGGGUACGCAAUGGAGUAAAGGGAAAACUAAUGUUACUGUUUCAAUAUUUAAACUUUUACACAGACUUCAACAAGUCCCUUCAAACUGCGUGUACUUCUACUGCAGUGUCUGUCUGUGUCCUAGUUUGUCACUGUGCUCACUGUUCAACAUGGUUCCCUCGUCUAUUCAAAGAUGUAAACUUUUAUAUCAUAUUAGAGUGUAUAUCUGUGUCAUGAUUUUUUUAUUUUUGUUAUAUAAUCACCA